ACAUUUCCACAGUCCAGGAACCCCUCUCACAGUAGCCAGCAGGGCAUCUCUCUGAAGCCCACAGGUUUUCUCUUCUAGACCAGGCAGAGAUCCAUGUUGCUUUCCCUCGGAUCUCAUAGCGAGUGACACAAGGAGAGCCAGCCCAACUCAAGCACCAAAGGCAACCUUGGGAGCAGUGGAAAGGAAAUGGGGGAGGAGAGAAACAGUGUUCAAAAUUGAAACUAUUUUGCAAAAAAAACCACAGAAAAGGGGAAGCAUCACUUCCUCUCAUUUGCAACGAAUUCAUGGUGGAUGCCAUUGCUCUGCAGUCCAAGCUUCCCUUUCUAUCAACAAAGCCGCAAACUCUUCACCCACUAUGGCCUCAGCAUCACCAUCUGUGGACAUGGACCAGGACGCCUUGUGUCCCAUCUGCAAGGACUACCUCACAGAUCCAGUGACUUUGGACUGUGGACACAACUAUUGUCAGGGCUGCGUCACCAGUUAUUGCAAGAUAUGGGAAGAACAGGCUAUGGGGCACUUGGAGUGUCCCAUCUGCAGAGCCCAAAUGCAGAGAGGGAGUUUCCGCCCCAAUUGGCAGCUGGCAAGUAUAGUAGAAAAAAUUAAACUCCUGCAGUUAAAUAAAGGGGGAAAGGAUAUGUGUGUGAAACACAAGAAGUACCUUGAACUGUUCUGCAAAGAAGAUGAAAAAUUGGUUUGUGUGGCUUGUGAACGAUCCCCAGAACACAAAUCGCACACUGUGGUGCUUGAGGAAGAGGCUGCCCAGGAAUACAAGGGACUGAUCUGCAGCCAUCUGGAGAUUCUGAGAAAAGAGAGAGAAACAAUUCUGGCCUAUCAAGCUGACACGGAAAAAGAAAGCCAAGAUCUCCUUAAAUUAACAGAAACUGAGAGGCAGAAGAUAGUGGAGAAGUUCAGAAAACUGUACCGGUUUCUUGAAGAACAAGAAGUAGACCUGCUGAAUCAGAUUGAAGAAGUGGAGAAGGAGAUUGAAGGGAGAAGAGAUGAGCAGCUGGCCAGACUCUCCAGGGAACUCUCCUCUCUUAAAAAGCUCAUCCAGGAGAUGGAGGAGAAGAGUCAGCAGGCAGCAAGUGAACUCCUGCAGGAUGUGAGAAGCACCUUGCAGAGAUAUGAGAGAAGAGAGAGACUGCAGAAUCUACUGGCUUUCCCCCUAAAGCUAAAAUGGAAGGCCUCCAGAUUUUGUGAUGUGAAUCUCCAUCUGGAGGACGUGAUAAAGCAGUUCAAAGAUGCUGUGUUAUUCAAACUACAGUUUCAGAAAGCAAAUGUCACUCUGGAUCCAGACACAGCCCAUGCCAGGCUCAUCCUGUCCGAGGAUCAGAAAAGCGUGAGAAGGAGAGGCAAAAAGCCACGCCUGCCUAACAAUCCUGAGAGGUUCAGCAACGGGCCUUGUGUGUUGGGACGUGAGGGAUUCACAGCAGGCAGACAUUUCUGGGAAGUCACUGUGGGAAGUGAGGGAGAAUGGGUUGUGGGGAUCGCUAGGGAGUCUGUGAGGAGAAAGGACAACUUUGCCUUUUGUCCUGAGGGAGGGAUCUGGGCUGUGGAGAAGUGGGGAGGGAAAUACUUGGCUUGCACCUCCCCUGUUUCCCACCUCUCCCUGAGGGAGGAGCCCAGGAGGAUCCGGGUGACUCUGGACUAUGAAGGGGAACGUGUGUCUUUUUUUGACGCUGCCUCAGGAGCCGAACUCUACACAUUCUCAGGGGCCUCGUUCUCCGGAGAGACCCUCCUCCCUUUCUUUUAUCUGUGGGGAAAUAAAACCCACCUCAGGAUCUCCUGAAGAAACUAAAUCUGCCUCACAGGCCCAGUUGAAGUUGGGGAUGAUAGGAGUUGAAUUACAACAACAUCUCGAGGGCCACAGGCUUCUCUCCCCUCUCUAACCAAAGUGAGAUACCUGAACAAAGAAACGACCUUUCGUUCCCCACUGUAUGUAUGAAUGGAAAACCUAAUGAGAACUUAUUUAAUUGGUCCCCCCCCAAAAAAAAUACUCACACACCAGCAGCAUUUUAUUUAAUGAUAACAACAAAUUAUUGAGCGCUUGCCCUUAUCACUGAGGUACUUUUUUCAAAUUUCUCACAUCACCCCAAAGAAAAAGUCCACAUCUUCCUAGUGCAUAAUUUAGAAAUGAAGCCUUGAACCCAAGUAGCAACCCUGAAAUGAAAAAGCAGCUACAUUCGUGGGUGGGGGACACCAUGGCUUUUGUUGAGAUGCCUGCCCUGUUCAUGAUCUGAGCUCCAGCCUCCAAGGCUUUGCUAUUUCUUUAAAAAUAGAAAAAAAAUAAUCAUUGUGUUUUUCUCUCUUCCCUCAACACCCUGCUUCACGAACCUUUCUAGAAAGGAGAGCAUCCCUAGGAUGUAAUUCCUAGUGUGGGUUUUUUGUUUUUGGAUGCUUGCCGAAAGGAAUGCAGAAGAGGGAAAUCUAUUUUCAUAGGUCUGACCUUGGAAACUUUAGCUUAGGCACCUAGUGCACUUUACCACUUCAGACUGCAGCAAGGAAAAUCCAUUUUUUGAAACGUUCCUUUAUGUUAAAAAAGGCCCUGCACAUAGAAACCUAGUACAAUAGAGAGCAAGCUUGGCCAGAAUCAUUCUUCCUGAUGUGCUAGAUUUUUACUUGCAUGGAGGGUUCUCGUCUAAAAUAAAUUAAAACAAAGAAUCAAAAAGGACAUGCCCUACCUUCAAUUUGCCCAGGACGAGGGUAGCGCUGUGGUCUAAACCACUGAACCUCUUGGGCUUGCCAACUGUAAGGUUGGCAGUUUGAGUCUUUUCACUGAGGGCAUCCUUCCCAUCCAUGAUAACUUCAACCUGGACCAAUUUUUGAAAUCUUUCUUUCUUUUUCAGGAUAAUCUUUAUUGGUUUUUCUGUUACAUACUACACAUCCACAUAUUGUAUUACAUUUUACAUUUAUACUUGCACCUAGGAGCUGACUUCCCUCCUUCCUUCUUGUGGCUUUUUUAUAUCGCCUCUAAAUUUUUUGCAUUGUCUUUAUCUAUUUUGUAUAUUGUUGUUCUUCUUCCACAUUUGUC